AUGGACGAUCCCAUCCUAUUCGACAGACGCGCAGAGGCUGGCCAAGUCACAGUCGAUACCACGCGAACCUCGCUCAAUGGCUUCGGCAUCUUUGCCAUCAUCGUCUUCGCCAUCGUCUCGCUCAUAGUCAUCCAUCCCAUACGAAUUCGCAUCCCCGCUCCCAUCGCCAAACUUAUCCGCAGUACCAGUCGCAAACUCUGGCUCGCGCUCGCAGGACCACCCGACGUCGACCAGCAGGAACAAGAUGCCGUCGAAGCCGAGCUUGACACGCGCAAUCCCGAUGAUGCUCACUCGAAAUCGAUGUACAUCACCAUCGAUCACGUCUCUGCCCCCGUCAUCGGUGUUCUAGUGCUGCUGGCCACCACGACCAUCGGUGGAGAACAGGUGAAGCAAGGCAUCGUCGGAGAAGACGGUAUCGAGCCGUACGACGUCCUCGCGCUCUUCAUCUCGCUCGCCUACAUCGCCAUCAGCUUGGACGCCACAGGUCUGCUUCGCUAUCUCGCCUUCCUCAUCUGUCUCAAAGCCGGUCGCCAGGGACGCGAAGCAAAAGGCAAAACGCUCUACCUUCUGCUGUACUUCUUCUUCUGGUCAGCAGGUGUUCUCGUCGGAAACGACCCAGUGAUUUUGUCGGGAACCGCUUUCUUGGUCUACUUCACCAGGGUGGCGGGGAUCAGCCCACCGGACGCUUGGAUCUGGGCCGAAUUCGUGGCAGCCAACAUCUCGUCCGCCGUGUUGGUCAGUUCAAAUCCGACGAAUCUGGUGAUUGCCACGGGUUUCGAUGUCGACUUUAUCACGUACACCGCGUACAUGGUGCUGCCGGCCUUUGCGUCUGCGGUGGGCGGGUUGGGAGCGAUGCUGAUCUACUUCAGGAAUAAGGAGUCGGGUGGCGGGAGGGAGAAGGAGGGGGAGGAAGAAGGGAAGUCGACCAUCAGGAAGUUCGUAGAGAGCGUCCCCGUGAUCGGGUCUAGGAUGCAGGGUCGAUCGAGCAGCGGUCAGAUCCGUCAGAGAUCCACUGCUCCCGUCGACAACGGCGAGGCCGUCCCUGACACUGCCACCUCGCCAACAGCGGCAGGAGGCACAACUCCAAACUCGGAAACCCCUUCCACCAUCCCCAUCCACAAAUCGUCCAAAGGCAAACGUACCCAUCCGCUCAUCUACAUCCCCGAAACCAUCAUCCGUCCCGACGUAGACCCGCGCGCCGCGCUCGUCGACAAGACCGGCGCCAUCUUCGGCAGCAUCGUCAUGGCUGCCACGCUAGCCACGCUGGUGGGGACGUCGGUGAUCGGCGGGGUCAAGGUGUUUGAGAUUGCGGUGCCGGGAGCGGUGUUGUGCUUUGUGAGGGAUGGGGUGGCUGAUUGGUUGAGGUGGAGGAAGUUGCGGUUGGAGAAGAGGAAGGAGUCGAGGGAGGAGGUUACAAGGGAAGCGACGGUGGUGGGGAACGGAUCGGAGGCGAUUGAGAUGGAAGCGGUAGCCGUAUCUACCUCUGCUGCCGCUACGAGUGAUCGUAAUGGUGCUGCUGCUGCUGCGGGGUCGGAUAUCAAACGCACUGAUUCGUCAGCCACCGCCAUCCCCGCCGCAUCUCCUCGCAGUCGAAACGCACUUCGUCGACUGAUCGCGUUCCACUCCCACCUAACCACCGUCUUUCCCACCGUCUCCAUCGUCCUCUCGCGCCUCCCCUUCCCCCUCCUCCCUUUCGCAUUCUCCAUGUUCAUCCUCGUCCAAGCUCUCGCCCACGUCGGCUUCAUCAACAUCCUCUCGCGCGGUCUCGGAACCGUCUGCUCUUCCGGCUACAUCCCCACCGCCUUCUUCAUCUCCUUUCUGGGAAUCGUCCUCUGCAACAUCGGUGGUACCAACAUCGGUGCUACCAUCUUGCUGACGAAAUCCGUUCGAUCGCCGUAUUUCACGGAGAGAAUCUCCCACCUCUCCCAGCGGGAUCAACAGCUUAUAGAGAAAGUGGCGCAGUACUCGAUCGCCUUCGGUUCGAACGUGGGUGCGUUGGGUGGAACUUUCGCCGCCAGUUUGGCAGGGUUGCUGUGGUUGGGUGGGUUGAAACAGGGCGGGAUAAGGGUGGGUGCAGGACAGUUCCUGAAGUGGUGCGCGGUGGUCGUGCUACCGAGUACAGCGAUCGGGAUAGCAGUGAUCGUCGCCGAGGUCAGGUACUUCCAUGUCAGCGCUUAG